UUCCAACGGUGACACCCUUAUCUCUUGGCCUUGCAGAUGGCAUCUGAGACAAAGGCCGGCCCCCUGGGCAUGUUUGAGUGCCAACUUUGUGCCUUGACAGCUCCGUACAGCUAUGUUGGCCAGAAGCCCCCAGACACCCAGGCUGUUGUCCUCCUGGAGGAAAGCUACAUCAUGAAGGACCCCUUCUCCUCAGACAAGGCCAGAUUUCUGGUCCUCGGCUCGCGGUGCAGUGUGUGCAACAGGCUGGUGUGUGUGGGCCCGGACUGCAGCCUGUUCUACUCCAAGAGAGUCUGCCUCCCCUGUGUUCAGGAGAAUAUCAGUGCAUUCCCUCAGGAAAUCCAGCAGGAUGUGGAGAAGAGAAAAGGUGCCCCCAAGAGGCCCUCCAGCCAUCCCUGACUGGCUGAGGCACAGUUGCCUCCUGUGCAGCGCUGGGCUGGGCUUGGCCAGGACUCCAGCUGGGAGCUGUGUGUCUGGAGUACCUGCAGCCCCCGGGAGCCAAGGAACUGGCCAAGACCUGAGGACAGACAGCCGUGGAUCCAGGGGAAGCUCCAGGCCUGGCCUCUAGUGGAGACCAGGAGGGAGGUAGAGGGAGCCUCCUUCAGUUGACAACUGAUAGACACUUCACGUAGCCGUUCACUUGGGAAGACACCUGGAUUCGUUCCAAGAUGUCCAAGUAACCUGAUGUAAUCUGUCUAAGGAAAUCAGCCUCUCAGAGCCAGAGAGUAUCCAAGGGUUAUGUCACACCCUGUGGAAUGUCUGGGAAGUGAUUUAAGUCUUGACUCUGUAUCAUGUUGAUAAUUAAAAAAAAAAAAAAAAA